AUGGAGUUGGCUUCCAAGAUCUCGUCAGUUCCUCAAGAGGACAUCUUCGCCAAUCCCUUCUUCGUCAAGGUUAGAGAGGAGGAUUCUCUACUACAGUACGCAGCAGCAGGAGGAGGAGGAGCUGCUGUUGCUACUGCCUCUGCCGCCGCAAGCAGUGGACGGCCGCCUGUGAUUCUCGUGCCCUGUAAGCGAUCCUUGGCUGGGCAGCCUGAAAGCGUGUGCCUAAGCAAACACCAAGUAGAGGCCCAUAUCUUACAGAGCGCUCACGUAUCGGGCCAGUAUUGCAAUUUGAGAGGGCAGGGAUUGGAAAUAAAGGCCGAUCGAGUGAUCACCGGAGUUGGUUUCGGGCAGCGACGAGUGUGUCACGUUACUCAAACGGAGAAUAUGUAUGAUUACGGGAUCAAUUUCAAGAUAUUCGUCUUGGACAGGCCCGUGUGUGGAGCAUACACCAGUAGUAAAGGUGGAGCUGGCCCGGCCAGCCUGGCCAUGACGGGUCCAUGUGAUUGGCUUACUGCAUGCCCGCAAGCAGAGGAUGACUUCUACGAUAAGAUCUUCAGAUUCCGUCAGACAUACCUCUUGGUACCUGGUUAUGAGAAGGCAGCGGCUGUGAGGAUUCGUGCCAUCGCUGAUGAGGCUGUUGCCACUGUAGAGAGAUACGAGGCGAAUAAGCAUUCUGAAAUUCCCAGACCGAUAGCAGCGCCCCCAGGGUCGGAUAUAAAGCAUGAAGUAGAGAGAACAGCUUAUGCGACUCUGCAUGCUUUCCUCUUCUCCCACUUACUCCAGUACACGCUGGUGGAUGAUACCAAGCUUACAGAGCACAUAAGGAACUACUCCCAAGGAGGCAACCUGAACUUACGAACGAUUCUGGCAGCAGCAGCUGCGCCGAAGGAUAUUCUCGCGGCCAAGGACGAAGUGUUGUCGCGCUGUGUCCAGAGUCUAGUAGCUGAGCUCGGCGAAUUAGAUAAUCACAUAGCUCCUAUGGACAAGCUUUCGGCUCUUACGGCCGCAUUAGAGCAGUGCCAGAAACUGGUAUCAGAGAUCGUCCGCUCGUCCAUGAGGGGGGCGGAGCACACUGGGCAAGUCCGGGUGGAAGUGUCAGCUGAUCAUAUCCUGGCGAUGUUCGUGGCCGCUGUGGCUCUACUGACCGGCAAUAGAGAUCGCAGUAACGUGAGGAUUCAGAUGAAUGCUCAUAUCUGCCAUAUAGAUAUGUACAUCGAGGCUCAUGAGGAGUUGAAAUUCUCCCAAGGUCAAUACGCAUUGUCUACUAUACGGUCAGCGCUCGAGUUCUGGAGCCAACCUCACACUGAGUGUCGUGAGUUUGACAUCCAUACCCCAGAGGAGGGGAGGAAUGAAGAUAGCUCAGAGGAGGUCAGCCCCGAGAUGCCUUUAGCAUGGAAGUUGUAUGCUGGAGCAGGAGCCCUUACUCAACCACUACUCGCGACUCUUAGGAAGGUACUCCCUUCAGCGGCUAUGACAGACAUCCCAUUCACGUUCCUCUGGCUGAUAGUGGACUCGGCUGCUCAUUUCGCGCAGAGUUGGAUCGCUCGAACGGUCCUCGGUGGGGGCUGA